AUGGAAUCUAAGGGAGAUGAAGCCUCCCAUCUACACCCAAAACGAAGCACACCCACUAAAUCCCUGAAUUUGUCAAAACUCAUCUCAAAGAUAUCUGCUAAUAACAAAGAUUACACUCACCACGUAGCAUUUGGUACAGUUAAAUCUGCCUACAAACUUAAGGACUGUUCUCUUAGCUCUUUGUUUAAUGACUUUGUGACUGAGUCAUUUGACUUGGAUUAUCCCACCAAAAACACCCACCAAUCUGUUUGGCUUGUGGGGUUGGUCAAUGGAUUGAUUUGUCUUGCCGAUAGGUCCAAUGACUUGUUUCUAUGGAGUCCAUCUAUUAGAAAGUUCAAGAAAUUGCCUGAUCCUUCUAUACGUACAAGUGGUUGCCAUUUUGAUUGUCAUGCUUGUGUCAAAUAUGGUUUUGGAUAUGAUGAGUCAUGUGAUGAUUAUAAGGUAGUAGUAGUUAUGUGUUAUAUUUGCAGAUAUGUAAGUUUGCGCCCUGUUAAGGUCAAAAUAUAUAGUCUAAAGAGGGAUUACUGGAGAAUUGUUGUUGGGAAUUAUCCGGGUGAAAUGUGUUCCAGUGACGUGGGUACGUUUGUAAAAAUGAAGCUUCAUUGGGCUAGUAAUGAUGGUUGUGGUUUGCAUAAGGGCUAG